AUGUCCGUGACCGACUGGAUACCCGCCAUCCCCGACGCCUUCUUCGUUCUCGCCGCUCCAAGCUCUUCUGAGACAGGAACCCAGUCCCACGACGAGCCCCGCAAGCCCCAUACCAACGAACGAAUACACCAUGACCCGAGCCAAGGCCAGGAGGAACUUUUCACCAGUUCUACUGGAUCCAUCUACGUCCAUGCUGAAAAUGAUGUCCAGAAUGAGCGGCACGGCGCUUUUGUUUAUGCCAACAAACUGGCAUACAUCACGCAAUUACACUUUGCUCUCGUCUGUCCUCUUUGGCCGCAGUAG